AUGUCUGAUUUUUUCUUUUUCUUUUUCUUUUUCUUUUUCUUUUUCUUUUUCUUUUUCUUUUUCUUUUUCUUUUUCUUUUUCUUUUUCUUUUUUCUGGUUCUUUUUUCUGGUUCUUUUUCUGGUUCUGGUUCUGGGCUAGGUAGAGAGACAGAGCAGAGCAGAGCAGAGCUUCUUCCAUCCAUCAAAAUAAAAGCACGGCUAGCGUAUUUGUUUCAAUCUUCUGCUAUUGCUAUUGCUAUUGCUAUUGCUAUUGCUAUUGCUAUUGCUAUUGCUAUUGCUAUUGCUAUUGCUAUUGCUAUUGCUAUUGCUAUUGCUAUUGCUAUUGCUAUUGCUAUUGCUAUUGCUAUUGCUAUUGCUAUUGCUAUUGCUAUUGCUAUUGCUAUUGCUAUUGCUAUUGCUUUUGCUUUUGCUUUUGCUUUUGCUUUUGCUUUUGCUUUUGCUUUUGCUUUUGCUUUUGCUUUUGCUUUUGCUUUUGCUUUUGCUUUUAGUUUUGGUUUUGGUUUUGGCAUAAACGACGACGAAAAUUUUAUAUUGCCCAGGUGGUGUGUAAUCGAGUUUUAA